AUGACGCACCGGCGCAGCCCUCCAGCUCCCGACUCUGGCGCCACUUUGGCAGACGAGCGCGGCGAGAACACGCGCCAUACUUGCAAGCUGCACCGAAGAGGUGCGGGCGCGGCCGACGACGCCGGCGCGCGCGACACGCCACCAAAGCCGCACGACGUCUCGGCGACGCGGAGCCGCGGCGCCGCGCCCAUCAAGCCGGUGGACAAGUCGAAGCUGAGCCGCGAGGAGCUGGACCGGCUCGACGUGGCGACGCACCGGCAGAUCGUCUCGCACGACCCGCAUGACGCCAAUUGGAUCGCCUUCACUGCCGCGGAGGCGCCGUGGGUGCCGAUGUCUGUGGACCCGGCCAUGCAGCGCCACUUCGCGGCGCGCGAGUCGAUCAUCGGGCUGGCGAGCAAGCAGGAUGCCAAGGUGCUCCACGAGUGGAUCACGAAGAGUGAGGAGCACGUGCACACCUGGGUCGUGCGCGGCAUCCUCGAGUCGGAGAAGCGAGCGGCGCACUUCCGCGCCCUCGGCCGUGGCUGGAUCUUUGUGCAGCUGAGCUCGCAGCAGGGAGUGCACACGGGCAAGCACGACUCGACGCACCCGGCGCGCAAGAUCACGCGCUUCAAAUGGUGGUUUGAGGGCGUGGAGCGCGUGCUGCGCAACCGGCAGGACGAGUUCCCCGCGAUGCGCAUAGCCCCCGACGAGGUCUCUAAGUGGACCACCGGCUACGUGCACGGCGCCGAGCUCAUCUUCGUGCUGCGAGGGAUGGUCGCGACGGUGUCGCUGAUGGCGCGCGUCAAGCUGCGCGCCGACUACCACCGCGAGCACGUCUGGGCGUCAACUGACGAGGUGCAGCAGGCGGUGGAGGCGCGCGAGCCGACGGACGCAGAGCGCGUCGCGCUGGCAAAGAAGGCCGAGGCCCUCGCCGCGAAGAAGAAGGCCAAGCGCGAGCGGCAGCGCGCCCGCAAGGCCGAGGAGGUGGCGGCGCGUGGGGUGGAGCUGGAGCUCAGUGAGCGCGAGCGCGCAGAGGGCGAGAAGGCGGCGACCGCGUUCGAGGAGCUCCUUGCGGAAAUGAAAAUGUAG